AUGGAGGACGACAAGAAGGAGGGCGGCAAGUACCGCGGCGUGCGGAAGCGGCCGUGGGGCAAGUUCGCGGCGGAGAUCCGUGACCCGGAGCGCGGCGGCUCCCGCCUGUGGCUCGGCACGUUCGACACCGCCGAGGAGGCCGCGCGGGCGUACGACCGUGCCGCAUUCGCCAGGAAGGGCGCCGCGGCCGUGCUCAACUUCCCGGAAGAGGCCAGCAGGAUGAGCACGGGUACCGGCUCUUCGUCGUCCCACACGCCGGCUCCACCGUCCAACUCCGCCGCCGCCGCCGCCUCCGCGGCGGCCCCGAGGGGCCGCGGCGCCGGCACGUCGGCCGACAAGGUUGAGCUGGAGUGCCUCGACGACAAGGUCCUGGAGGAGCUCCUCGCGGAGGACAACUACCGAGACAAGGGGUACUAG